UGUCAGCGGCGGCGGCCGGCUCGGCAACGUCAUGUCCGAGUACGCGACCCUGCUGGCGGCUAACGGCACGCUGCAGCGGCCGGCGUGGCUGCAGCCCGACAUGGCGCGCACCCUGCGCAAGUACUUUGUGGCGCCGUCGCUUCCCGUGCUGCACCGACGCUGCAAGCUCCGGUGGACGACAACGUCACUGGACGAGCUGAUGGCCGACCCGGGCCGCGACGCCGCCGCCAACCACCUCAUCACCGGCUUCCCGCACGACGUGCCGGGCUUCCACCCGCUCCGCGAGCAGCUGCUGCGCGAGUUCACCUUCCGGCCGGAGCUGCGCGCGCGCGCCGCCGCGCGGCUGGCACAGGUCGUGCGCGACGCCAACCUGACGGCGCCCGUGUUCGUCGGCGUGCACGUGCGCCGCACCGACUACGCUGCCUGGAUGGAACGGAGCGUGCGUGGCCACCUGGUCGGCUUCGACUACCUGUACCGCGCCAUGGCGCUCAUGCGGCGCCGCUGGCCGACCGCCGCCUUCGUGGUGACCUCUGACGACCUGGGCUGGUGCCGGCGCGCGCUGCGAGGUCGCGACGUGUUCCUGGUCGGCGACCGGGACGUGCGCCGGCCGGGCGCCGACCUGGCCCUGCUCGCCGCCUGCAAUCACAGCAUUCUGACGCACGGCACGUUUGGCUUCUGGGCCGGCUACCUGGCCGGCGGCCAGGUGGUGGCGCCGGCCGGCUACGGCCAGCGGCCGACGCGGCUGGACGAAGACGUGGAGCGCGCCGGACUCGGCUGGACGCGGCUCAAGGCGUUUGUCUACAGCUGAGCGGCGUCGGCGUCGGCGCGGGUCACGCGUGCUGCCUUGGGGAGGGGUGGAGGUGCCGCGCGGCGCAGAUCACCGCGCCAGGUCGACAUGAGGCGCGGAACACUGCGGGAAGACGGAGGUGGCCAGCGGCGACCGAGAAUAGCCCGCUGCUGUAGAUCUCUACAGGCUUAGAUGGUCUGGCGCUUUGAAGCGAAGCUGAUAUUUUUCGUGGGAGUGUGAUAGGCAGCGCAUAGCACACGGGGCAGCAGAGGCUAUGUGACUCAAGCGUGCUGUUCCAGUGCCACCGCAUUAUAAAUGCCAUCAUUUGACCAGGCUUAUGGCUGAUGGGUACGGCUGCGGGCGAAGCCAGGAAUUGACGGCUUAAAUUUGAUCUCUUUUCUGCUGCCUUGUCUUUCAGAGUAUGUACUCUUGCCUCCGUGUGGCUCUCGAGUGGUUGCUUCUCAUGACGAACAGAGGUAUGACGGGAGGGAUCGGAAAUGAUGUGAUGCAGCCUUUUUACUAAGUGGUAUACAGACAAGGACCCAGGCCGCUUUGCUUGGGGUGUGUUCAUAAUGUUAUUGACGACUAAAAUUGUUAUGGCGACUGACAAACGUGAGGACUACGUCCGUCAGUGGAGUGGAGCCAUUGUAAUCGAGAAUGGACGUUACUUGCGUGGACGCAUUCUAUGCAAAUAAAUUUAGUU